GUUUCCACACCGACCACAGGGCAGGUGUCAGUUUCCCACAUUGCUCAGUGGGCGACGCCAACAGAGUGAAACUAUAAGCGUAUCUCUGUGUGCAUCUACACUGUCAACAGUUACACAACCGCCCACUGAACUUGUAUAAAGGUGGGAGGCGACAGACAGGUGGCAGACAUUUGGAUGUGUUCAGGAUGGAUAAAGGCAGCUGGAAACACACCGUGCUGCUGGCUGUGGUGUUCGCCAUCACGUAUGCCGAAGCUUCAUUUUCCUGCCACAUGAAUGACUUCAUCAAGGCAGUGAAGCAGGUGGAGGAUGGGGUCCCAGGGUCGGGGCCUCUACUCGUGUUGAGGCGUCUACGCCGGGCAGCCGGACUCAACGACGCCUUCAUCCAACACUUCCUCAGUGAAGCAGACUCUGGUGGUCCCGAAAUGGACGCAAGCCUCUUAGCUUACGUCACCAAGGCUGUGCAACACAGGGUGAAGGAGGAGAAUCAGGAGGAAGGCGUGGUUCUGACGCCUGAUGGCACCACGGUCGCAUUAGCACCGCUCCUUCUGGGCCUCGAGGCAGGCUUCCUAUCCAGGGCUAGGGGUCGUGUUCACGGACUGUACCAACUCACCAUAGCCAAAAACCUGGAGAGCCAUCCUUUCAGCCGACAUCUCGGACCAGACGGCUGCUGGGACAGCGUCACCUCUCCUCAGGUCUUCACCCUCCUGGACCGACCCUCCGUCCUCACCAUCGCUCAGAUCAAUGGAGGCAUGGACGGCUUGAUUCUGGGGUUGGAGGUGGCGUUAGCUUCACGACCCAGAGGUCCUCUGAAGCUCAGUGGCCUUCUGACUGAGUAUUACUGCUACAACCUGGAGAUCGAAGGGAUGGACGUCGCCCCCCGACUCAUCAGCCGACGGCGCAGGGAAAAUUUCAGGAAACUGGUGAACCCGUCGCUGAUUGCCCGAGAGUUGGUGAAAUCUGUGCAGCUGCAGCGGAGACUGACGGGCCGUGUAAAGAUGGAUGGGAAGACAAAGUCGAAGGUCAAAGCUUUGGCGACGAAGGGGGUGAAGGAGUUUGUCCAGGAGUACAUGGAGUGCCCGCCCAUCAUCCCUCGCUGUAUGUGGGGGGCAAAGCCUUACAGAGGGACGCCCACCAACCUCACCCUCCCUCUCCCCUUCCUGUAUAUCCACCACACUUCCACCCCCAGCGACCCCUGCCUCACCUUCGAGCAGUGCUCUGCAGACAUGAGAUCCAUGCAGCGCUUCCACCAGGUCGACCGGGGCUGGGACGACAUCGGAUACAGCUUCGUCGCAGGCUCAGACGGGAACAUCUACGAGGGCCGAGGCUGGCACCGGCAGGGGGCCCACACCCUGGGUCAUAACUCUGUCGGAUACGGGGUUUCCUUCAUUGGAGACUACAGCACCAUGCUGCCCUCCCAGCAUGCCAUGGUGCUGGUUAGGGAUCGGCUGGCUUCCUGCGCCGUGGGUGGAGGACGCCUGAAGGCCAACUUCACCCUGCAGGGCCACAGACAGGUGGUGGGCACCUCCUGUCCCGGAGACGCUCUCUACUACGAGAUCACAGGCUGGGAGCACUUCGGGGAGGUCAAGGAAUGAAAACAAUCCGAGUGGCAAGACGAAGAGUCUAAGUAAAAUAAAAGUCAACACAAUAAAAA